UAGAAAAGAGGCGGGGAAGGGAGGAGCGGCACGGCGCGCGCGCAGUAGGUGCGGCUGGGAAAUUCAUGUGGAGGUCAGAGUGGGAGCAGGCGUGAGUGGGGCCUGCAGGACGAAACAUGGCUGCAAAAGUGUUCGAGUCCAUUGGCAAGUUUGGCUUGGCCUUAGCGGUGGCAGGAGGCGUGGUGAACUCCGCCUUAUAUAACGUGGAUGCUGGGCACAGAGCCGUCAUCUUUGACCGAUUCCGUGGAGUACAGGACAUCGUGGUGGGAGAGGGCACCCACUUUCUCAUCCCCUGGGUACAGAAACCCAUCAUCUUUGACUGUCGCUCCCGACCCCGGAACGUGCCGGUCAUCACUGGCAGUAAAGAUUUGCAGAACGUCAACAUCACCCUGCGCAUCCUCUUCCGGCCGGUGGCCAGCCAGCUGCCCCGCAUCUUCACCAGCAUUGGCGAGGACUACGACGAGCGUGUGCUGCCAUCCAUCACCACCGAGAUCCUCAAGUCCGUGGUGGCUCGCUUUGACGCCGGGGAGCUGAUCACCCAGAGAGAGCUGGUCUCCAGGCAGGUGAGCGACGACCUCACGGAGCGGGCGGCAACCUUCGGCCUCAUCCUGGAUGAUGUGUCCUUGACGCAUCUGACCUUCGGGAAGGAGUUCACGGAAGCCGUGGAAGCCAAACAGGUGGCCCAGCAGGAAGCGGAGCGGGCCCGAUUCGUGGUGGAAAAGGCCGAGCAGCAGAAGAAGGCGGCCAUCAUCUCUGCGGAGGGCGACUCCAAGGCAGCUGAGCUGAUUGCCAACUCCUUGGCCACCGCGGGAGACGGCCUGAUCGAGCUUCGCAAGCUGGAGGCUGCCGAGGACAUUGCCUACCAGCUCUCGCGAUCCCGAAACAUCACCUACCUGCCGGCGGGGCAGUCGGUGCUGCUGCAGCUCCCGCAGUGAGCCUGCUGCCCCGCUGCGCCCCCGCAGCAAACCCGCCUUCCUUCCGCCCCGCCCCAGCAAUGAAUCACUGUGACACUUCAUGAUUGAGCUAGAGCCACAGAAAUAAAAGUAAAAUCACCUUGGCCCUCUGAUUAUCCCAGGAAGCUCUCCCGUUCUUCCCGUACCCGCCUACUUUUUACCAGCCUCUCCACCGGAAAUUGUCAAGUGCCUACAAAGAUCGGCUGGGGCCUGCAGGUGCCCCGGCCUGGGCUCUGGCAUUGGCAGGAGAAAGGCAGGGCAGCGUGACCGACAGGGGCGUGCAGCUGGCAGGCCUGGGAGACCAGAGCUGCCUUCCUGUCAUUCAGUGAUGAUCCGAGGACCGGAAGGCAGGUGCCUGGCCCCGUUGAGGUGGGUGGGCCGUCCCCCAGGGUUCUUAAACCAGGAUGGACUUGGACAGCGAAGUGAGGGGAGGCCCAGCCUGAGGUGCAUCCUGCUGGAGACUUCCAGCUCCAGCGCCCGGCGGGAUUCAGCUCGGAGGAUCACAUCCUGCAGGCUGCUGGGUCGGCCAAAGACCUGCAUCCCACCUUCCCGCUCCUCCUCCUCACCAGACUGCUGGCCUGGAAUCAGUCAUGAGAAGAAAGCAAAUGUGUGCAAGGCGCUGUCAAUAAACGGCACCCAGACCUUCCAA